AUGAGGCGCGCGGCUGGCAGGGCCCCACUCUACGCGCACUCCACCUCCUUACUGCUUCUUCAACCUCCUCGUCUUCGCCUUCCCGCGCGCUCUUUUCUCGCCGCCUUCCCGUCCCUCGCCAUGCACUGCGCCACCCCCCCUGCCACCGCUCUGCAACGCCCUGCCCCCCGUGCUCUCCCCGUGCGGCAUGGAAACGCCCCCCGCCCUCUCGCCUUGGCCCGCCUCGCCGUCACGCUCCCCUCGCAGCGUCGCGCGCAGCCCUUCCGAUUCCGCGCCUGCUCCGACCGCUGCUGCCCGCACUGUCCACCACGCCGCGCGCCUCGAGAAGCACGCAUGUUGCCCGCUCUCAUGCCUCGUUGCCCGCCAGUCCCUGCGCGCCGCUCCCCCAUACUACUGUACCUGUCCGCGCGGCACCUCCUCGUCUCGCGCGCGCCCAUCGCCACGAGCAGCGCCCCACCCUACUCUGCGCGCUCAUGCGUGGUGGGCGCCGACUGGGGGCGCAGUGCGGGUAAUGCGCAAGGGGGGGCGGCCACGUGGGGAAGAAGAAGGUGGCGGAGGUGGGAGGGGCAGGCGGCGCAGUGUGGUGGGGGGCUGGAAAGGCUGUGGAUGAGGGGGUGGCUGGUGGGUGCUCACACGGCGUAUGGGCAGGCGAGAAGCACACAUGCGUGUACUCAGCGGGAACUCACCUUCAGUCAACUCACCAAUCUUGAGCAGCGGUCAGUGCCCUCACACGCCACUCCCUCUUGCCUCAUGCACCUGCCAGCCACCACUCUUACAUGUGACUUCCACCGCCCUUGUCGUCCCCGUGUUCCCUGCACCGCCCCCAUGCUUCUUUUGCUGCCAUGUAUGAUAUGA